AACUGGGCAGGCGACGCAGCCCAGAGGCGAGGCUUUCCCAGAAGGGGAAGCCGGAUCCUGCCUGCUGCCGAGCCGCACUGGGGACAGGGGUACAGGGGCUCCUCUGCCACCAGCCCCCACGCGACACUGCUGACCAGAGCCAUGGCGUCGCAGCUGGAAGGGGCCAUGGAGACACUCAUCAACGUCUUCCACCACUACUCGGGCAAGGAGGGGGACAAGUACAAGCUGAGCAAGAAGGAGCUGAAGGAGCUGCUGCAGAGCGAGCUGGGCUGCUUCCUGGAGACCCAGAAGGACACGGGUGCCGUGGAGAAGAUCAUGCAGGACCUGGAUGAGAACGGCGACGGGGAGGUGGACUUCCAGGAGUACGUGGUCCUGGUGGCCGCCCUCACCGUGGCCUGCAACACCUUCUUCUGGGAGAACGCCUGACCCAGGCUGGUCUCCACCCUGCAGCAGCCAGCCAUGGCGUCCCCAAAACGCGCACAGCCUCCUGCCAUCCCCCCCACCUUACCCUCCGCUCCCCAGCACACCCGGGGGAUCCCACUGGGAUCCGGCUCCACAAUAAAAGCACUGACCCAGCCA